ACUCCACCCACUGUUCUCCCAUGCAGAGACAAACUGUUCCCUGUUUCUUAGUCCGCUACAACUUUAAGGAAUGGGAAAUUCCUUUUAUUUUCUCCAGGAAAUCACAUGGAGGUGCUGUCGUACUCACAUGACAAUCUGAACUAUGGAAGGCGAGAUAAAUGAAGGGUCAGUCCCUUCGUACUACAGGGAGGUGUAUCAUGCCAUUAGCGGCCGAGCAGACGAGCGAGUGCAGGUGCAGGUUUUUCAGCGGCUCCUUAGCAGAACAGACCUCCCUGGUGCUGUGCAGACACAGAUUGCUGAUCAUGUGGAAAACAGUGAUGGUUUCCUCAGUAAGUUAUCACUUUAUAAAGGCCUGGCAUUGAUUGCCCUGGCUCAGCAAGGCAAACAGCCAAGUCCUAAGCUGUUGGAGAACUGCAUUCAAGAAUUUCCUAAACCCACACUGGGUGAUCCAAAGGACCUGAGAUCCCUGAAGAUGCAGCCCACUCAAGAGGACCCCCUGACUGUUUCACAGACGUUGACCAAACUGUUGGGAAAGGACACCAUACAGAUUGAGAUCAUCCCAGAGAAGAAGGGCCUUUUCCUCAAACAUGUGGAGUAUCAGGUCACCAGCCAGCGCUUCAAAAUAUCAGUCUACCGUCGCUACAGUGACUUCGACGUCUUCCACGAACUCAUGCUGCAGAGGUUUGCCUACAGAAUGGUGCCUGCUCUACCACCCAAGAGGAUGCUUAAAGGAGUCUUGACCUCCACGUCGGGGGGGGAGUUCAUCGAGGGCAGACGGCGUGCCCUGGCGAGGUUCAUCAACCUGGUGGCACGGCACCCAUUCUUCUCGGAGGAUGAGCUGCUGAAGACCUUCCUGACCUUCAAUGGUUCGGAUGUCCAAACCAAACUGCGUGAUGCGUUCAAGAAAAUGGGGGAUGAGUUUUUAACCUGCAGACUUGCGACUCAAGCAAAGGAGUAUCUUCCGGCUGACAUCCAGGCCCAGUUUUCCUCCAGCAGAGAGCUGAUCAAAAAUAUCCACAAUAGCUUCCACAAGCUGCGUGAUCGGGCAGAGAAGAUGGCCGAGCGCUCCAAGGAAAACGCCACAGAUCUGCUCAUGUUUGGGAAAGAGCUCAGUACUUUGGGGACGGAUAGCUCUCCCAUACCUCCCAUGGCGUCGUCCCAAAGCACAUGGGGGUCCCUUAGACAGUCCCUCAAAGGCCUGUCGGUGGAGUUUGGGGUGCUUGCUGACAAAGCCGUGCAGCAGGGAAGGAGAGAGGAGGAUGACGUGGUGGAAAAACUGAACAUCUUCCUGGAUUUGCUUCAGUCAUACAAAGAUCUGUGCGAGCGGCACGAGAAGGGUGUGCUGCACGAGCACCAGCGGGCGCUGCAGAGGUACAGCGUGAUGAAGAGACAGAUGAUGAGCGCCACUGUGCAGCCCAAGGAGCAGGGGUCAGUGGAACAGCUGGAGUCACGCAUCGUACAGCAAGAGAAUGCCAUCCAGACCAUGGAGCUGAGGAACUACUUCUCCCUGUUCUGCCUCCAUCAGGAGACCCAACUAGUCUUCACGUACCUCCCCAUCACUUCUCAUAUUCUGGGGGCCUUAGUGAACUCCCAGGUGCAAGGACACAGAGAGCAGAUGGGCGAGGUGUGGACCGCUCUCCACCCAAAGCUGACCUGCCUGUUUGGGGGCAGCAAUGGUCUCCAGUCUCCGCCACUCUCACCCAAGUAGAGAUACGUGUGAAGAUAGGCAGCGCCCAGCGUCUUGUGCCAGUGCUUCGGUGUGGCAAACAAAACAAAGUUUUUUGGGCACUAACUCAAGAAAAGACUACAUUCCUUCACGCCCUGUGCCUUAGCUAACCUAAAUGAAUAACCCAGUGUAUGAUCAGUGGAAGUGUCUUCAUGGGUCUCUGCCGAGGAGUACCAGGGAAAGGGAGACAGAGGUGUUUGGGGAAAAGGAAGGACAUUUUUUAAGAAGCCAGCACUGACACUCUUGUCAAAUGAUGUUUUCAAAGACAUGAUGGUCACAGUGCAUCACGACUAAAAUAUUGUCUAUCUGAAAGCCCAUGAAGGAUGUCUUAAUGUAAUAGCACACAAGUAUUACUGAUACAGAAGGGAUUUUCUCCAGGAUGUUAACCUGGUAACAAAAUGUUUGUGUCCCCUGAAAAUACCAGAUGUAUUAAUGUUCCCAAAACACAGUGUGAUAUGAAGUGAUUUUUUUCAAUGCAAAGAUUGUUGUGUAUUUAGCAUCAUUCUGGAUUAUGUUCCAUGUUCACUUAGUUGAAGAAUAGAAUCAUCAUUACUGUAAAUGUAUAGACUAUGACUCCUUAAAUACACUAACAAUAGAAGGUGCAAUAUUUUGGAGCCAGUGCCACAGAUGGCUAAUGAGUUUCUUUGAACCAGAUGAUGGCAGUGUUGUGAUUGUUUCCUUUUUUGCACAGAAACAAAACUUUGAAAAGAUUAGAAGUUUCUAGGCAAUUUCUAAGCAUUCCAUCAAAGUUUCAGCACAAUCUAUAUUGAAAUUGAUUUCUAUCUUAAACUAAUUAUGUUUGAAGUUCCCCGUUGAAUGAAGCUGACAGUUGUGUUUGUUUUCUCACAGCUUUGUAAGACCAGUUGACCAGAGCCGUGUGAAUAGCUGUUAAUUUCCUCGCUCGUGUUUUCCAUCAAUGGACUUUUCUUAUUUCCUCUUCUGCGUUGCACAUUCUAGGACGCCUCAACACUGUGAAUCCACUUUUGUAGUCGCUAUGCCUGAGCCUAGGCGUUUCAAGCAGUCACUUAAUUUUUCCCCACAUGUUCAUCUUCACAGCAUGUAUAAAGCGAGAGUUCCCUUCCAAGCGCAGUGCCAAAGAACUGUUUCAGGACAGAUCAGACCAGAUGCUUUCAGGGUCAAUGGAUGCUCAAGUCUCAGGUUGAAACACUUGAUGUGGAUGCAACUGGAUGCAACUUGUUUAUUUCACUGGCAUCAUUGACAAGCAGGCCAGCUAAAGCUGUGCUGACGCAGUUCACAGUUCAUUUAGAAUAGGAGACAUUUGAUACAUUUGCAAAUGCAGUGAUAUAAAAGUGUGUUCAGGUAUGCUAAUUGUUGAUCUUGAUCUUCACUGCUGAGCGUGCCUUAGCACAUAUUAACAUAUUUGUCUAGCCAAGAUUAAAUACCUUAAAAUCUAACACUGAUUGGUCUUGUUGUUGUAGUUUUAGGUUGAAGUUGUGAUUUGGUGGCGUGUCAUUUUGUUUCAUGAUAUUAUGUUCAUUUCAGAAAUGUUUGAUUCCUAUCAACUGGAGCUAGUAUUCAUGAUUGUAUGUUUUUUUUUCUCUCCUGUUGCCAAUUUAUUGCUGCAGCCUACAUUUCUCUAAAAUGUCCUUUGCUUACAUUUUACAACACACUCCAUUACAGACAAACACAUGUAUGUUUACAAAGUGCUGUUGUGUUUACUUUCCUACAGCAAUCUGAAAAAUAUUACUUAAUUCUGUAACAUUGUGAACCGCCAGAUAUGCAUCAACCUUCUUCAGAACAAAACUUAAUCUCUUAAUAAAAUGUACAUGUGCAAUUA